CGAGCACUCGAUGGUAGUUACUUUAUGUACCAGGAACUGAGAAAAUUAAUCGCAUCGUGUCUGAACAUUUUUCCGAAAUCAAGCACACGUUCAGUGAUACUACGAUGGCAUUAAGGAGUCGCGUCUAGAUGGAGUCGACGGCGGUGGACGAGUCGUCACCGAAGGCUCGCGGCGCUCUAAGUAUACACACGUUGCGUCAAACGAGUCCUUCCCGCGGGAGCGCAAAAAGUAUAACCCGUUGGUCAUGUUGAGCGCAGAGAUGGUGAACGAGAUAGUCGGACGGGCCCUUGGCAGCGAUUGCGCCCGAGUGCUCGGGUACCGGCUGGUCGCGCACUCCGAGGAUGGGGCCGUGGGCUUCCUCGGGGACCACCGGAACCUCGUGGUCGAGCUCCGUCGGGGCGACGAAGGACCCAUCGAGCAGCUCCGCUUCUUCGUGAAGACCCUGCCGAAGCUCUCGGAGCGCCAGUUGGCCUUCGUCCGGGGCGCCAAGCUCUUCCAGCAGGAGGUGGCCUUUUUCACGAAGCUGGUGCCUCUACUGGACCAGGGAUUCUCAGGGGAGCGGUUCUGCCCCCGUUGCCUCCUGACCGGCGAGGAGUUCAUAGUCCUCGAGGACAUGCGCGAGUUGGGCUACGGCAUGCUGGACGACGCCCGUCAACGGGGACUCGGGGACAAGGACCACCUGCUCGCGGCGGCGAGGGCCCAAGCGAGGCUCCACGCGGCUUCUCUCCUGGCGGAGGCUCGGCUGGGCCGGCCGCUCGACGAGUACUGCCCCGAGGCUUGCGUUGAGCACUUGUUCGGCGAGGCGAACUACAAGACCGACCGGGUGGGCCUCUACGUCGACCUGAUCGAACGCGUCGCCCGGGAAUUGGGCUUGGAGGAUGGUCGGUUGGCCACUGCCAUGCGCCGGGGGUUCAUGCGGAUGUACCGGCGGCCGCCCGGGAUGAGGAGGGUGCUGUGCCACGGGGACAACUGGGCGAACAAUUACCUGUUCGAGGAGUCUAGUCGGCCUUUCGGGUGCGUCAUGGUGGACUUUCAGCUGUGCAGGUACGGGCCGGGGAUGUACGACGUGGUGCAGCUGAUGUACCUGAGCGGCAAUCGGGGGCUCAGGGAGCGCUGGGAGAGGGAGGUUGUGGAGGGCUACCGCGAGGAGAUGUGCGGGAUCCUCGGGAGGAACGAGCCGGGUAUCGAGGGACCGAGUUUCGAGGAGUUGUGGCGGGAGUACGAGGAUCUGCGCUUGACGGCCAUGUACGCUUACGUGAUGUACCACCCGAUUCUGGGCAUGUGCAAGGAAAUGUUCGCCAAGUUCGAGAAGGACCCGGACUACUUUUACGACGAGAUCAUGUUUAGGAAGGACAACGUGAACCUCGUCGAGCUUUACCGGAGGUACCCGGGGUAUAUGAGCGGCCUGGCCGAGUUGGCGAAGGAGCUGGUGGAGUAUUGCGAGAAGCAUGACAUUCCGGAGCAAAAAGACAAGGACGAAGGGAAGACCAGUUGGUGAUUUUUGUCCGUGUCAAUGAUGAAAUUUAAAAAAAAAAAAAAAACGCACCAAAUGCGAACAUAAAAGUAUUUUUUUUUUUUUCGUCAGUUCAACUGAUGUCAACGAUUUAAUUUGCAUUGUUGGCUGCUAACUGUUAUAUGUAUACACAUACAUUUCAUGUUUUGUUGUUUACGAGUGUCAUGCAAGAAGAUGAAUUAUUUUAUUCAAAACUGUACGCGUAAACUUGCAGUGUUCGAUGAUCAUAAAAUUUAUACAGAAACAAGAUGUUACGUAUCCAAUAUAGUUAUUAUCUUUUCACUGAUACGUCCGAUAAUACAUUUGAUGGCAUAUACAUAUAAAUGUACCAAAACGAGAUCUGCGUCAUGAGUAUCAAAGGGUAUUUUUUUUAUGUUAACUUUCAUUAAUAUCGAGUUGGUUUUUUUUUUUUUUUUUCACAAUCAACAACGUAUUCCGAUAUAAAAUCAAAAACGCUUUGGUAUGAAGAAAUAAAUUUUAAUGGCAAUAAAAUUAAUCUGCAUUAACGAAGAAAUUUGGUUAAUAUUUAGUUUGAUAAUAAGGCAAUUCACCAAGCAGUACCUUACACUCGAAGAAAAUUGGAGUGGAUAGGCGUAGCCAUGAUUAUUAGAUAUGUAAUGCUUACUCUAUAGUGCUCAUUUCAAGCGCGCGUGGGUAUUGGUAAAACUGUGUAAGUUAUCGACACGAAUACGUUAGAGUAUAUGUUUGUAUUCGAUUAAUAAAAUUUAUAAAUAAGUUUGUCAUCCUUA